UAAUUAAUUUUGAUAAUUUGAUUGCUCUUUCUUGCAGUUCUGCCUUUGACACAAAAACUGGGUUGCGAGUGGCUGUAAAGAAGCUGUCCCGACCAUUUCAGUCCAUCAUCCACGCCAAGAGGACCUACCGAGAGCUGCGGCUGCUCAAGCACAUGAAACACGAAAACGUGAUUGGUUUGCUGGAUGUGUUCACCCCUGCCAAGUCACUAGAAGAAUUCAAUGAUGUGUACUUGGUGACACACCUUAUGGGAGCAGAUCUGAACAACAUUGUGAAAUGCCAGAAACUCACUGACGACCACGUGCAGUUCCUGAUAUACCAAAUUCUUCGGGGACUGAAGUACAUCCAUUCAGCUGACAUAAUACACAGGGAUUUAAAACCCAGUAACUUAGCUGUAAAUGAAGACUGUGAGCUAAAGAUCCUGGAUUUUGGCUUGGCUCGACACACGGAUGAUGAGAUGACCGGGUACGUGGCUACCCGAUGGUACAGGGCUCCUGAGAUCAUGCUGAACUGGAUGCAUUACAACCAGACAGUCGAUAUUUGGUCAGUGGGAUGCAUUAUGGCUGAACUGUUGACUGGAAGAACGUUGUUCCCUGGUACAGACCAUAUUAACCAGCUUCAGCAGAUCAUGCGUCUGACGGGAACACCCCCUGCCUAUCUCAUUAACAGGAUGCCCAGCCACGAGGCGAGAAACUACAUUCAGUCUUUGUCCUAUAUGCCGAAAAUGAACUUUGAGAAUGUGUUUAUUGGUGCCAACCCGCUAGCUGUGGACUUGCUGGAGAAGAUGUUGGUCCUGGACACAGACAAGCGCAUCACUGCAGCAGAAGCCUUGGCGCACGCCUACUUUGCCCAGUACCACGACCCCGACGACGAGCCGGUGGCAGACCCCUACGACCAGUCCUUUGAGAGCAGGGAACUGGAGAUUGAAGAAUGGAAAAGCCUGACGUACGACGAAGUCAUCAGCUUUGUGCCACCGCCACUCGACCAAGAGGAGAUGGAGUCCUGAGGAGCUGCUCUCUUCUCUUCGUCCCGCUUCACUGUGAGGGGAAGGCCUUUUCGUGGGGACUCUCCAACUACCGCUCAAGUGCCUCGUCACAACAAUAUUCUCCUUGGUGGAGGGGUUUCGUGUGUGUUGAAUUGGGGAGGGUGGGGGGAGGGAGGAAAGCGGAGUCUGUGUAAACACGCUGCAUGCUCUCUUGUAUUCUGUGUACAACCCGGGCCGGCCUCUCAGACCUUUUCUGGCUGCUCUCGAGUCCUUCCAGAGGCAGAGCCCAACCAGUUGGCUCUGCUGGGGCCAAGUGGGGAAGCCGGCCUUUGAAGUUUGGUUACAAUCAUUGCCGUUUAUCAAUUCUGCUACAGUUCACCUCAGAAUAAUGGAAGUUGUUUUAUAGGCU